CCUUUCAAUCCUGCUCCGCUGCGACAUUCUGAGGUUGGGGAGCUUUCAUCUCAUUUGUAGUCAUGUCUGGUCGCGGGAAACAAGGAGGCAAAGCUCGCGCUAAGGCCAAGUCCCGCUCGUCCCGCGCCGGUCUCCAGUUCCCGGUGGGGCGUGUGCACCGGCUGCUGCGCAAGGGCAACUACGCCGAGCGGGUGGGAGCCGGCGCGCCCGUCUACAUGGCGGCGGUGCUGGAGUACCUGACCGCCGAGAUCCUGGAGCUGGCGGGCAACGCGGCCCGAGACAACAAGAAGACGCGCAUCAUCCCCCGUCACCUGCAGCUGGCCAUCCGCAACGACGAGGAGCUCAACAAGCUGCUGGGCAAGGUGACCAUCGCCCAGGGCGGCGUCUUGCCCAACAUCCAGGCUGUUCUGUUACCAAAGAAAACCGAAAGCCACAAGGCCAAAAGCAAAUGAAUGCUGGCAAAAGACUAAACCAAAGACCAAAGGCUCUUUUUAGAGCCACCCAA